UGCUGUUCCUGUAUUUGUCAAAGUACCUGCCAUAAGCCUUAGCCAGCCUGAGUGAAGACCUAAAGCUAGCGUUGUUUGUCAGUACUAAUCUAAUAACACUAGCAAACAAUACGAAAUGACACCGGAAAUAAAUGCUACACCACCAUCGGUUUCGUGGGCGCAGAGGAGUGCUCGUGUAUUUUUGACAUUUAAUGUAGAAUGUGAAAAGCCAGAUAUUGUAAUUUCUAAAAAAUCUGUCUCAUUUGAAGGGACUUGUACGCCAGAUCAGAAAUUACAUAAGGUUUUCAUACCAUUAUACUCUGAAAUAGACCCAGACAAAAGUUCAUAUACAAACAAAGGAAGGUUAAUCGAAGUUGUUUUGGCAAAAGCAAAAACUGAUGAACCUUUUUGGCCUGCCUUAACCAGUGACAAAAAGAAACACCACUGGCUCAAGGUAGAUUUCAACCGUUGGCAAGAUGAAGAUGAGAGUGGAGAUGAAUUUGAUGAUAUGAAUGACAUGUUCUCCAGCAAAUUACCAAACUUUGGUGAUGAAAACGACAAAGAAGCUAGCAGCUCGUCUGAUGAAGAUGAUCUGCCAGGUAUAGAUUAAAGGAUCUCAAGUAUUAUAUAGCCAAAAAAAUUCAAAUAGCCUUAGAAAUAUUGUAAUUAUAGACAAUAUUUGUGCUUUUAUACAAGGAAUAGUGUGGUAGUGGUAUCCUCUAAAGGUGUAUGGUCGGCAUUCAGUUUCUACUAAUAAAGUACCCAACUAAUGCCAAUUUUA